AUGUUGCAGCUCUGGCGUACCCCAGUCCUCUGUCUUUAUGAUGUCAAACCUCCAAAGUGGUUUUAUGUCUGUCCCUCUUUAGCAGGACUGAACCUGGUCAAAAUCUCCUCUGGGAAAAUACCACUUACUGGUGGGAGAGUCGGGAAAGAAGGAUUGUCCAAAUGUGGAAGAUGCAAGCAGGCAUUUUACUGCAAUGUGGAGUGUCAGAAGGAAGACUGGCCCAUGCACAAGCUGGAAUGUUCUCCCAUGGUUGUUUUUGGGGAAAACUGGAAUCCCUCAGAGACCGUGAGGCUCACUGCGAGGAUUCUGGCCAAACAGGAAAGGCACCCAGAGAGAACACCUUCAGAGAAAUUGUUAGCCGUGAAGGAGUUUGAAUCACAUCUGGAUAAAUUAGACAAUGAGAAGAAGGAUUUGAUUCAGAGUGACAUUUCUGCCCUCCAUCACUUUUACUCCAAGCACCUCGAAUUCCCCGACAACGAGAGCCUGGUAGCACUCUUUGCACAGGUGAACUGUAACGGCUUCACAAUAGAAGAUGAAGAACUUUCGCAUCUGGGAUCAGCAAUAUUUCCCGACGUUGCAUUGAUGAACCAUAGUUGCUGCCCCAAUGUCAUUGUGACCUACAAGGGGACCCUGGCGGAGGUCAGAGCCGUCCAGGAAAUCAGCCCCGGAGAGGAGGUCUUUACCAGCUACAUUGACCUCCUGUACCCCACAGAAGACAGGAACGACCGGUUGAGAGAUUCUUACUUCUUUACGUGCGAGUGCCAGGAGUGCACCACCAAAGACAAGGAUAAGGCCAAGGUGAAAAUCCGGAAGCUCAACGAGCCCCCCAAGGCAGAGGCUGUCUGUGACAUGGUCAGGUACGCACGCAACGUCAUCGAGGAGUUCCGGAGGGCCAAGCACUACAAGUCCCCUAGCGAGCUGCUGGAGAUCUGCGAGCUCAGCCAGGAGAAGAUGAGCUCCGUGUUUGAGGACAGUAACGUGUACAUGUUGCACAUGAUGUACCAGGCCAUGGGCGUCUGCUUGUACAUGCAGGACUGGGAAGGAGCCCUGCGAUACGGACAGAAAAUCAUUAAGCCCUACAGUAAGCAUUAUCCACUGUACUCCCUCAACGUGGCCUCCAUGUGGUUGAAGCUGGGAAGACUGUACAUGGGCCUGGAAAACAGAGCUGCGGGAGAGAAGGCCCUGAGGAAGGCCAUUGCAAUCAUGGAAGUCGCUCACGGCAAAGAUCACCCCUAUAUUUCUGAGAUCAAACAGGAGAUUGAAAGCCACUGAAACGAUGCCCGGGUGGCAGCUUUUAUUCAAAUGCUCGUGCAGGAACCUUCAAGGGUUUGAAUAUUUCCAAUCAUCCACAUCACUCCGGCAUUUCGUACAGUCACUGCCAUGAAAACACUAUGCCACUCGAACCUUACACGUGGCUUACUUGGAAUGGGUCUCACUCUAACCUAAGCUCACAUUCAUUUUUGAAUGCCCUUCCGCCUCAGAGAUAAUGGCAUGGUUUCAUACGUUAUCCUUUGGACAGGUUGAGUUCAAAAAAUGUGAUGAUUUUCCCUUUCGCGCCUGUUACUGUAAUGUUGUGAACAAACCUGAAUGGUGAAAGAGAAUAAAAAAGGGAAUAGUAUUUGAA